GAUCGGCCAAUAGCCCAUUUGCCGCUCCAAACCCUAACCCCUUCGGACUCCCCUCCUUUAUACUUCUCCGAAGAGAUAACUGAUACCCCUCUUCAUUCAGCUGCGCAUCUCAUCGUCGCCGCCCGCAGGAGUUCCUCAAUUCUCCUUCCGGACAAGUCGACUCAAGAUGGUGAGAAUCAGUGUGCUGAAUGAUCCGACCUUCUUCCAAAGUGAUCAUCAAGUUUCUCAUGGUCAUGCAAAAGCAUGGUUACAUUGGCGAGUUUGAAUAUGUUGAUGACCACAGAGCUGGGAAAAUUGUGGUUGAACUCAAUGGAAGGUUGAACAAGUGUGGCGUGAUCAGUCCUCGUUUUGAUGUUGGGGUUAAGGAUAUCAAAGGAUGGACUGCAAGGUUGCUUCCUUCAAGACAGUUUGGCUACAUUGUGCUGACUACCUCUGUGGGCAUCAUGGACCACGAUGAAGCGAGGCGCAAGAAUGUUGGUGGGAAAGUUCUUGGUUUCUUUUAUUAGAAAGCUUGUUUUGUUUACCCAGAACCAGUUAUUUAUGUACCUUUGUCAAUUUAUGAUCUACACUUCCGAUUAGCUCUCCCUGUUUGUUUUGAAUUCUUUUAAUAUUCCAAAGAUCAUGUUGUGCUCAUUGUGUUUUUCCCAGGACAACUGAAAUUUU